GACUUCGACGGCAAGGUCUACUACAUAGACCACACGAACCGCACCACCAGCUGGAUCGAUCUGAGGGACAGGUACACCAAACCGCUCACCUUUGCUGACUGCAUUAGUGAUGAGCUGCCAUUGGGAUGGGAAGAGGCGUAUGACUCACAAGUUGGAGAUUACUUCACAGACCACAACACCAAAACCACUCAGAUUGAGGAUCCUCCGGUACAAUGGCGGCGGGAGCAGGAGCACAUGCUGAAGGAUUACCUGGUGGUGGCCCAGGAGGCUCUGAGUGCACAAAAGGAGAUCUACCAGGUGAAGCAGCAGCGCCUGGAGCUCGCGCAGCAGGAGUAUCAGCAGCUGCAUGCCGUCUGGGAGCACAAGCUGGGCUCCCAGGUCAGCUUGGUCUCUGGCUCAUCAUCCAGCUCGAAGUAUGACCCCGAGAUCCUGAAAGCCGAGAUUGCCGCUGCAAAAUCCCCGGUCAACAAGCUGAAGAGAGAGAUGGUUCACCUGCAGCAUGAGCUACAGUUUAAAGAGCGCGGUUUUCAGACCCUGAAGAAAAUUGAUAAGAAAAUGUCUGAUGCCCAGGGCAAACUGGAUGAAGCUCAGGCUGUCUUGAGAGAAACCAAAGCCAUCAAGAAGGCCAUCACCUGUGGGGAAAAGGAAAAGCAAGAUCUCCUUAAGAGCCUCACCAAGCUCAAGGAUGGCUUCUGCACCGACAGAGGGUCUCACUGCGACUUGUGGUCCAGCAGCAGCUCUCUGGAGAGCUCAGGCUUCCCACUGCCGAAACAGUACUUGGACGUGAGCUCCCAGACCGACAUCUCGGGAAGUUUCGGCACCAGCGGCAACAAUCAAUUGGCAGAAAAGGUCAGACUGUGUCUUCGAUAUGAAGAGGCUAAGAGAAGGAUCGCCAACCUGAAGAUCCAGCUGGCCAAGCUCGACAGUGAGGCCUGGCCCGGGGUGCUAGACUCAGAGAGGGACCAGCUGAUCCUCAUCAACGAGGAGGAGCUGCUGAAGGAGAUGCGCUUCAUCAUCCCCCGGAAGUGGACCCAGGGGGAGGUAGAACAGUUGGAGAUGGCUCCGAAGCGUCUGGAGAAGGACCUGCAGGCAGCCCAGGACACCCAGAGCAAGGCGCUGACAGAGAGGUUAAAGUUAAACAGCAAGAGGAACCAGCUGGUCAGAGAGCUGGAGGAGGCCACCAGCAAGGUGGAGCUUCUGCUCCUGGAAGGCACCACGGGCUUCCGGCCCUCGGGUUGCAUCACCACUAUCCAGGAGGACGAGGUGGCCAAGACCCAGAAGGCAGAGGGAGGUGGCCGCUUGCCGGCCCUGCGCUCCCUGUCUGGCACCCCAAAGUCCAUGACUUCCCUGUCCCCACUUUCUUCCCUCUCCUCCCCGUCCCCGCCCUGCUCCCCUCUCAUUGCUGACCCCCUUCUGACUGGAGAUACCUUUCUGAGCCCAGUGGAGUUUGAAGACCCAGAGCUAAGUGCCACUCUGUGUGAGCUGAGCCUCAGGAGCGGCACCCCGGAGAGAUACCGGCUGGAAGAACCAGGAGCAGAGGGCAAGCCUUUGGGCCAAGCUGUGAAUGCAGCCCAAGGGUGCGGCCUCAAAGUGGCCUGUGUCUCAGCCACAGUGUCAGACGAGUCAGUGGCUGGGGACAGUGGUGUGUACCAGGCUUCUGUGCAGAGACUGGGUGCUUCAGAAGCCACUGCUGCAUUCGACAGUGAUGAAUCAGAAGCAGCAGGUGCCACUCGGAUUCAGAUUGCCCUGAAGUAUGAUGAGAAGAAUAAACAAUUUGCAAUAUUAAUCAUCCAACUGAGUAACCUUUCUGCUCUUUCCCUGCUGCAAGAUCAGAGAGUGAACAUCCUCGUGGCUAUCCUCCCUUGCUCUGAAAGCACCACCUGCCUAUUCAGGACCCGGUUCCUGGACGCCUCGGACACCCUCUUGUUCAACGAGAUGUUCUGGGUGUCGGUGUCCUACCAAGCCCUUCACCAGAAGACCUUAAGAGUCGAUGUCUGCACCACUGACAGGAGCCACGUGGAAGAGUGCCUGAGAGGUGCCCAGAUCAGACUGGCAGAGGUGUGCUGCUCUGGGGAGAGGUCGACUCGCUGGUACAACCUCUUGAGCUACAAAUACUUGAAGAAGCAGAGCAGCGGUCCCAAGGCAGCUGGAGUUGCGGGCCCCAGCCCAGGGCCUGAACGCAUGGACGCUGUGUCUGCCCUGCUGGAGCAGAUGGCAGUGGAGCUAGAGAAGAGGCAGGAGAGCAGGAGCAGCCCACAGGUGCUAGAAGACAGCUGGAGGUACGAGGAGGAGACCUGCGAGAAUGAGGCUGUGGCUGAGGAGGAGGAGGACGAAGAGGGGGAGGAAGCGGAGGGAGAAGAUUUUUUUUUUGCAGAGAAAGCCUCCCCAGAUGAUCACCCGGCAUUGAAGGCAUUGAAGGUGGAUAAAGAGACCAACACAGACACAGUGGCCCCAUCCCCCACAGUGGUGCGGCUCAAGGACCGGCGUGUGGGCACCCCAUCGCCAGGGCCAUUUCUUAGGGGGAGCACCAUCAUCCGCUCCAAGACCUUCUCCCCAGGGCCCCAGAGCCAGUACGUGUGCCGGCUGAAUCGGAGCAACAGUGAUAGCUCCACUCUCUCCAAAAAGCCACCUUUUGUGCGAAACUCCCUGGAGCAGCGCAGCGUCAGGAUGAAGCGGCCUUCCUCUGUGAAAUCCCUGUGCACCGGGCGCCUGAUCCGCACCUCGCUGGACCUUGAGCUGGACCUGCAGGCAACGCGAACCUGGCACAGCCAACUGACUCAGGAGACUUCGGUGCUGCGGGAGCUCAAGGAGCGGCUGGAGCAAGCCAAGAGCCACAGGGAGAAGGAGCUGCCACAGUGGCUGCGCGAGGAUGAGCGCAUCCACCUGCUGCUGAGGAUGCUAGAGAAGAGGAUGGACCGCACAGAGCACAAGGGUGAGCUGCAGACAGACAAGAUGAUGAGGGCGGCUGCGAAGGACGUGCACAGGCUGCGCGGCCAAAGCUGUAAGGAGCCUCCAGAAGUGCAGUCAUUCAGGGAGAAGAUGGCGUUUUUCACCCGGCCUCGGAUGAACAUCCCAGCUUUCUCCCCAGAUGAUGUCUAAUCGCCAGAAAAGUAUUCCCUUUGUCCCUCUGACCACGCUGUGAAUGUUGACUGUGGCUAAAGUUAUUUAUGUGGUGUUAUAUGAAGAUACUGAGUCACAAGUCCUCUAGCUCUUGUUGGUUUGAAGAUGAACCGAUUUUUUAGUUUGGGUUUUAUUGUUAUUAUUAAAAAAAUACAAAAAAAAACCAGCAUUAAAAAUGUCAAGAUUGUAUAGUUUGUAUAUUUAGGAAUGUAUUUUUGGGAAAGAAAAUUUAAAUGAACUAAAGCAGUGUUAAGUUACUGCUCUUCCUAAAAAUCUAGAUUUUUUUUCCUUUUUUUGUACAGUCACACCUUUUAGAGGUUUUCCUGCAAUAAAAAGUCAUGUUUGAUGGACGAUAAUCCUGAAAGGACGUCCUACAGAUGACACAGCACAGCUAACCUUUCCUAGUUAACAUAUUUUGUAUAAUAUUAAAAAAAUGCAAAGACACCAUUUCGGGGAUUGAGAGGUGUAUCCAUGAAUCUUCAUGAGCUGUGACGUGUAAUAUGUGGCCGCCUGACUGCAGUGGGCAGCACAGAGCUGGCCGAGCAUCCAGCCCGGGCUUGCGAUGGGCCACACUGCUCUCAGAUGCCCCGUGAAGCCACUGAUGGGAGUGAGGGAGGGCUGCGGAGAACUCCAUCCAGUUGUGUCUCCAUCAAUAAAGUGGCCUUUGAAAAGA